AUGGUGGCGAAUUCGGUGCCGGACAUGAGUAUACUGAACUCAUUUGAAGAACUUGCAAAAAGUGACUCGAACUACGAUGUGCUUCUCCACGACGAAAUCUCCUUGCAAGGUCUCGUGUUAUUGUUAUCCAAUGAAGAUCACUCAAUUGUCUCCAUGGUGUUGCGAAUAUUUUCCGCUCUCCGCGACCGGGACGGUGCUAAACCUAUCCUACAAACAUUGCUGGGGUUGAAAGAACAACUGGAAGUUGUAGUAGCAUCUCAUGGUUCCUCGACCGUGGAGGAACACAAAGAGAUCACACACGCAGCAAAUGCAUUAUUGCAGAGUCUGAAAAAGGAGGUCUCGGUGCAAAAUCGACAAUUUUCACCUGGGUUUCGGCCUCGGAAUAUAGUUCUCCGACUGUAUGGUAUUUCGUCUGAGUCGGACGUUGAGCUUGUACGCGAACGACUGCUGAAAGUUCGUGGAGUAGUGAGCGUCACAUUUCAAGUGGCCAAACGUCGUGCUAUCGUAUGUGCUGUGCCGAACCUCGAUCCGGCACUCCUGGUUUCUGCGGUUCGCUCUGCAGAACAGGCGAACACUGUACGCGAGGAACCUCAACCCUCAGAUAUCCCCAUUCAAGCUCGUAUUGUGCGCAAGCGUAGUCAACUGUAA